CUUUCAUCGAUUCUUCUACAAUUUGUUACAUGGGCAAUGUCGACAUAGCAACGACAUUCGCAUACCAAGCAUUUUUGAUAAUUGAACAUAUUUGACACAUUGACGCUUUGGGCAGGGCAUUGUAUUUGUUUGUAAAUUAGUGGUGUUCAUCAUUUCCCGCUGCUGUUUGCUUUUCCGUUUAUUUUUUACAUAUUUUUCUGUUGUGUUGUGUAGAGAAAACCUUGUAAAGCCAUGAUUUCAAUUAAGUCUAUCAUAUUCCCAAUGGGUUUUUGCCUGCUCCUGUUCAUCGGCAACAGUGAAGCGAUCUGGUGCUACCGAUGCAAUUCCGCCACACCAGGGUGUGGUGAGAGGUUUAACUGGCGCGGCAUCGGUUACCUGGGUGAUCCGUGCCCCGAAGAUGAUGACAUCUGCGUGAAGGUGGUCGAACGCAAAGGCACGAUCGAGACGUACACGCGCGAUUGCUUGAGCUCGCUGCAAGGAUUCCGUACGGACAUUCCAGCCGACAAGUAUGAAGGAUGUCGUCCGGCCGCAAAGGAUCUUAACCUUGCUCACUACGUCAACACGUCGAUCAAGGAGCUGGAUGUGAAGCGAGAUCAUUUCGAUUCGACAAUGUUCUGUUUCUGCUUCUUGGAUCAUAGAUGCAAUAGUGCUCCGGCAUUAGGCGGUACCGGACACAUCGGGAAGCUAAUAUUUACGUCUUUCCUGCUGGGAAUAGCUAUUUUGCUACGCUGAAAUGUUUUAGAUUAAUUAACAGCAAAAACUAACAAUCUCAACACACUGAAGCCGUGUUCGAAAAGGAACAUUCCGUCCUAUUUGCUAAGCUGUCAACAUUCCGUCCAGAAGGGUUAGAAGUAUUGAAUGAUUACAAUUUUGAUAAAUACUACACUUUUUUAUUUGUAGCGCUAAAACAUAUUGCUGAAUAAAUAUAAUUUUGUAAAUUUUAGCAUUCA